AUGGAUAAAACAAUCAACAGUACCAGCCCCUCCACGGAGAAGAUUGAAGGGAAGUACCCGACGGUGGUAGAGUCGACCAAGGGGGGGGGGGUACUUGUUGUACAGGAUUACGCUUACGGCAAAUAUCUAGGGGAGCUAAAUGUGGUCUUUGAUGAUGCUGGGCAAGUCAAAUCAUGGACGGGAAAUCCCAUUUUGUUGGAUAACUCAGUCCAGAAAGAUAAUGAGACAGCCGCGUUAGUAGACAGCUAUCUGCCACAGAUCGACCAGAUAAAGAAUAAUGUCAUUGGCGAGACCUACGUCAGUUUGUUAGCUGAUAGGAUAGUCUGCAGAACAAGGGAGUGCAACUUGGGUAACCUGUUGACCGACGCCAUUGUCUACCACAACCUACGUAAGAGCAACACCAGCUGGAGCGACGCGGGGAUGGCCGUGGUGAAUGCUGGGAGUUUCAGGUCGUCAAUCAAUAUGGCACAUCAGACAUACGUACGCUCUACCUCUACUACCCUGCUGACACAAGAAGAAAGUGGCCAUUAUAAUGUUUAA